AAUACACCCUAUAGAAACAGUUUAUUUUUUUAAAAUUACUUUGAAAACAAACUUCCUCUAUUUUUCAAACCUCAACAUUAGCAGCAAAUCUAAUACAGUUAUCAACACUUGAGGCCCUGGUUGGACUUAUUCCAAUUUUUAUCCCAAAAUCAACUUUAGGGCUGACUUAUUCAUCAACAUUACCCUCAUUUGUAAAAUUUCUUUCUCAUUACCAAUUAACUCUCUCAUUUCAUGGAGUGUAGGUACCCCCAAAUAGGUAUUUGUCAGAUCUGUCUUCGUCAAGUGAGGAAAAUGCAGUAAUAGAAAAUGAAAGUGACACAUGUAGUAGGUCUACAAUAGGGAGAUCAACAAGAGGUCAAAAGAUUAGAAGAAAAUUCAAUAAACGCAUGAAAUUUUUCCUUUUUCAAGGGGGUCAUGUUCUUAUGAUGAUGAGACCAAAGGCGAUAUUGAGGUGCCAAUGAGGUACAUACAUCUAUAGAAACAAUGGGUGCCCAAGGAACUUCCUCCAAUAAACACCGAUUUUUGUGUUAAUGAUAGGAUGUAUCGCAUAGCACCUUCGUCAUUACAUGGUUUAGGCUUAUUUCCCAUGGAUGGCAUAAAGGUCUGUUACAAUAGAGUUGUAGAAUUGAUGGAGUUUGUUGGACCUUGUUACAAUUACAAACAUUGGAUGCAGAUUGUUAAAUAUAAAAAAAGUAUGCGUAGGUAUGCACUGUCAGCAAAUUAUGUACAACAUAAAUAUAACGAUCAAAGUAAACGAGUGGUUGUAUACAUUGAUGGUCGGCCAAAAGCAACAAGGAAUAUUGCAGGUUUUAUAAAUAGUAUGUGACCUGGGUCAACUAAUAAACAACCCAAUUGCAUAUUUGAGGCGCGCGAUGGAAAUCGUGUAUUUGUAUGUGCGAUAAAAUCAAUAAGUGCAGGCAAAGACCUUCUAAUCGAUUACAGUUUGAAUCAUAUAGAUAGAAACAAAGUUAAUAUCAUGGGGGUGGUACGUACUAUAUACCAUUUAAAUUAACCAACCUCCAAUUAAUGAAUCCAAUAUACCAUUUUAUUAUGAAGUUUUUUUGCUAAGUCUAUUGGUUUAAUUUCGCUAAUGUUUUUUAUAUUUUUUCUUUGUCAAAGGCUGACAUGGAUCCAUCACAUAUUGCAGAUAGAGAUGUAGCUUGUGACACUUCUACUGAGUAGACGGAUGUUUGGGGAAAGGGAAAGGGAGUUGCAAUACCUGAGCACCUUUCUAGGGAUGUGGAAUCAUUAGGGUUAAGUGAUGAUGACCCUAAAGAUCCCAUAGACCUUAUGAAAUUCUUUAAAAUGCCUCUUAUGAGAAUUAGAAAAGAGAUUGUUGCUUUGGUAGUCGUGCAUCCUAUCAGUGAUGAGAUACGAGAGAGGGUGGCAUUAUUGAUUCAAACAGCAGAAAAAUUGCAAGGUGUUGCAAGAUCUUCAAGUGAUGGCGAUUUUCUUGUAUUAUCACUUGCUUGGCUUAUCACUCUGAGUACCCAAAACACAUCAUACUUGAUACUAUCAAUUUUCAAAAUAAAGGUUCAUCCUUGUUUACAAUUCUUGCACUUUUCAUAUAUUUAAUGUUUGAUAUAUUUAAUGUAUUAUUCUUUAGGUGUUGUCAAUGUUACUAUGCAAAUGUCGCUACCGCCUCAUCAGAGGUUACCCUCACCUGUAUUGUCGACUGCAAUGUCGGCAACACGUAGCAUGCAGACAUCAUCUAGUGCACGUCAUAUUGGCAUGCCCACUAUUGGAGGAGAUGCACAUGAGGAUGUGCUAGAGGCGACUACUAUUGAUAACAUACCAUCAUUUCCUAGAUCUUCUCGUAUUGCUAGUACAGGAACGUUGCAGGCCACAUUGGUGGUGAUCGACAAAGAAAUGAUUCCCUUAAAGAUACAAAAGGUUCCAGGAAAUGAUAUUUUCUAUAAACAUCUUAGUGACAUUGCAUUGCAGAUAUUUGGGCCCACCAUACGUAAAAGGUGGAAUGACCAAGAAAAAAGGUUAAAAGAUGAAUUGACAAACCAAAUGGUUGAGUGGUUUGGAAAUGACACCUUUGACAAAACCAAGCUCCUUGAAAAAGUUGGCACAUAUCUAAAGUAUGUGAGGGACCAAUACAGGACCCAUUUGGAGAGGAACCUAAAGUAUGAGCGUCCCCCCAUGAACCCAGAGAGGGAGUGGAAGGACCUGAUUUUGGAUGCCAAGGAGAAAAUUGAAAGGAAAAAAGGACAUACACCACUAGACGCCAGAAGAAGACUGAGUGACACGUCAAAGGCAACCAAGGCAAGGCAAGAAAAGCACGGGCAACACAAACUCGGCUCUGGUGGUUACAUGAAACUUGCUGCACGAAUUGGCUCUAAAUUCAAUAGAGCGCCCACAGAAGAUGACAAGAGAAUUGCCUACUAGCAAGGCUAUUCAGCCAUGGCUGAUCGGCUACGAGAAUUGAGUGGGCAUACACAACAUUCGAGUGCAUCCACCACACAACCUGGUAAUUAUGAAACACCACCUGUACAUGAAGGUCUGGAUGUGCAUCCUAGUAGUGGAGAGCAUGUAGCCGGUGGUGAGCAAGUGGAGCAUGAUCUGGGUACACAACAUCAAGAACAUGAUGUUCCCCACUCAAAGGACCCCCCUUCACUUCAGUGUCCUCGUCCUCAGUAUAGGGCUAGGCAUACAUCGAGAUCACGAGCAGUUGGCGGAACAUCUGCAAAGGGGGGAAAUGAUGAAGAAACCAAUGUUCCACUUAGUCUUUUCAGAGCUUCAAAGAAAAAACAAAGAAAGAGAUGAUUGUAAUCUAACUUAUUUGAUAAUGACUGAUUUUUAUGUGUUAGUGAAUGUAAUUAUGUGCUAAUUAAUGG